AUGGGCGGUGGUGGUCCGGGUGAUGGCCAGGAUGAGAAGGACAAGAAGAAGGAAAAGCCAAAGUAUGAACCUCCUCCACAGCCCACCACCAGAAUCGGCCGGAGGAAGCGUAAGCAGGCCGGCCCUAACGCUUCAGCAAAACUCCCUGCCAUCUACCCAACUUCCCGCUGCAAACUGAAAUACCUCCGCAUGCAACGCAUCCACGACCAUCUACUACUCGAAGAGGAAUAUGUCGAGAACCAGGAGCGCAUUCGCAAGACAAAGGUUCAUUCAUCCUUAUCUCCCUCAACCAGUGAUGAUUUCGAGACCACGGAUCGAAAUGCAGACGAGCGAAGUCGCGUCGAUGACAUGCGCGGAAGCCCCAUGGGUGUAGGUAAUCUGGAAGAGAUGAUCGAUGAUGACCACGCUAUCGUCUCUACCGCGACGGGGCCCGAGUAUUACGUCUCGAUCAUGUCCUUUGUCGACAAGGACCUCCUGGAACCGGGUGCGAGCAUCCUGCUGCAUCACAAGUCCGUCUCCGUCGUCGGCGUUUUAACCGAUGACGCGGACCCGUUGGUCUCCGUCAUGAAACUGGACAAGGCACCCACGGAAUCCUAUGCAGAUAUUGGCGGGCUGGAGUCGCAGAUCCAGGAAGUUCGAGAAGCGGUCGAACUGCCUCUUCUCCAUCCAGAACUCUACGAAGAAAUGGGCAUUAAACCGCCCAAGGGCGUCAUUCUCUACGGAGGUCCGGGAACGGGGAAGACACUACUAGCCAAAGCCGUCGCCAACCAGACAAGCGCCACAUUCCUAAGAAUCGUCGGCAGUGAGUUGAUACAGAAAUACUUGGGUGACGGGCCUCGAUUAGUCCGCCAGAUUUUCCAGGUGGCUGCCGAACAUGCCCCGUCCAUCGUCUUCAUCGAUGAAAUCGAUGCAAUAGGAACAAAGCGAUAUGAGUCUACGUCAGGCGGCGAGCGGGAGGUGCAACGGACCAUGUUGGAGCUACUCAAUCAGCUUGACGGCUUCGACGAUCGUGGCGACGUCAAGGUGAUCAUGGCCACGAAUAAGAUUGAAUCUCUCGACCCCGCCCUGAUCCGCCCAGGCCGUAUCGAUCGAAAGAUCUUGUUUGAGAAUCCGGAUCGUUCUAAUGGCGCUGCUCGAGCGACGGAUGCUUGUGCAGAUGGCUGA